AUGACUGCCAAGAACGCCGUCCCACAGGCUUCGGAAGCCGUGGCAGCCAUCGGCAACAACGAGGGAUGUGAUAAAGUUGUGCUAAAACGCAAAAUCACACUAAUCAAUGGAGUUGGCAUUAUCGUGGGAACUAUUAUCGGCUCUGGUAUCUUCAUAUCGCCUACUGGUGUAUUUGUGUUUACCAGGUCAGUCGGUUCUUCCCUGGUCAUCUGGACGCUGAGCGGAAUCCUGUCGACGCUGGGUGCCCUUUGCUAUGCUGAGCUCGGUACAUGCAUCACACGCUCCGGUGGAGACUACGCGUAUCUUCUGGUCGCUUUCGGGCCACUUGUUGGAUUUCUACGUCUCUGGAUGGCACUGCUCAUUAUUCGCCCAACUACGCAGGCAAUCGUAGCAUUAACCUUCGCACAGUACGCGGUGAGACCGUUUUUCGAAGAUUGUGAAGCUCCAGAAAAUGCGGUGCGCCUUCUGGCGGCUGUUUGUCUGUGCUUCCUGACGGCCAUCAACUGCAUUUCAACCAAAUGGGCAAUGAAGAUACAGGAUGUGUUUACCAUCGCAAAGCUAACUGCCCUCGUGUCCAUCAUUCUGGCCGGCAUGUACUUUAUGGCAACGGAGUCGCUCGACAAUUUCCACAAUCCCUGGGAAGGGGAUUAUGCACUAUCCAGCCUUGCUUACGCUUUCUACUCCGGGCUGUUUGCCUUUGGUGGAUGGAAUUAUCUGAACUUUGUUACGGAAGAGCUAGAAAAUCCGUACAAAAACCUUCCGCGAGCUAUAUGGAUCGCAAUGCCCAUGGUGACCGGUAUUUACGUUUUCGUCAACAUGGCAUACUUUGCGGUGGUAUCGCGGCAAGAAAUGCUCGCAUCGAUUGCCGUGGCCGUUUCGUUCGGUAAUCGUAUGUUUGGUUCUGUCGCCUGGCUGAUACCGAUCUUCGUCGCCCUCAGCACCUUCGGUGGAGUAAAUGGUAUUUUGUUCACAUCGGCCCGCUUGUUCUCUACUGGCGCCCAGGAAGGACAUUUGCCAGCAUGGUUCUCGCUCGUUCAUGUUGACCGACAAACACCAAUUCCGGCGCUUAUAUUCACCUGUAUCACUUCGAUCAUCAUGCUGCUUUCGGCCAACGUAUUUGUACUCAUCAACUAUUUCAGUCAAAUCCUUUGGCUUUCCGUUGCGGCCAGUAUUGCCGGAUUGUUGUGGUUGAGGGUUUCAAAGCCCAACAUGCCACGACCGAUUAAAGUAAAUUUGGCCCUUCCAAUAAUCUUCCUCAUCUGCUGUUUGGGCUUGGUGCUGUUACCAUCGUUUACCGAACCAUUCAAUCUGCUCGUUGGACUUGCAAUAACAUUAUCCGGAGUUCCUGUGUACUACGUGUGCAUUGUGUGGCGCAGCAACAAACAAACGAAAAACGUGAUCAUGCGUUGGAUCGAGCGUGGCUGCCAGAUACUGUUUAAUGCAGCCUUUGUCGACUGUCAUCACGAUCGAAAACGGGAACGAGAGUUUUCCGAAAUGCAAACGAGCAUUGAGGACAAAAGCGUUAGUCGCUAG